AAUUACAUUGCAAUGCUGAUGGGAAAAAAUGCUGCUCGCUGUGCCCAAUUUGGCCCUGUUCAAUCGACUGAUUCGGGUUCCAGCUAAAGGCGGCAGCAGCUCGAGCUGGCCAGGUAUUCAAGUCUCGUUUCCAUUCAGGUGUGUUAUGUGGUCUUGGAUUGAGUAACCGAAUCCACAAUUUUUCCUCUGCCCUGGAAAAGUGUCGCUUUCGCAGCCCUUUUUGUAUCUCAAUCUUGUGGAUUUGUGGCGUGCAGGAGAGGGAAAGAGAUUUGUGCUUGAUGGGAUUUUGGGACGGUGUUAUAGCCAUGAAAUAGAAGUUGCAAGAGCGAGAGUAAGCGAAAAAAACGGCCCAGACGACAGAGAGAGAGAACGUGUUUUGUGCUGUUAAUCUUGUUUUUUGACCAACUGAGAGGAGAGAAUAUUGUCUGUGAAGUGCGGAGAAGAACAAGAUCACAAAAGGAGCGAGAUUCGAGUGAGUCAGUUUGAGAACGGACACUGUGCAAAAAGGGUGCGUCAUCGGGCACAAUUUAGACCAUCUUCACCUGCUGUGUGUGUGGAAAAUUGCCUGUGAUCGUCAAAGAGUGGAGAAUCUGUGACAAAGUGGCUGGAAAGAAUUCAUUAUAAGAUUCUCACAUAGUGAAGCUGCGCGGCAUAUUUCUGGUCCAGCAUCGAUCGCGUGCCCGAGCAUUAAGUGAAUGUGGCCCUGAGUGGACGGUGUGUGAAGAAGAGGCAAAAAGAGGUGAAGAUCCAGAGACGAGCUCACAAUGUCAGCGGAAAGUCAGCGCAGUGCAGAGGCUGUGGAGGCGCGAAAGAAGCCACGCGUGUGUCAUGUGGUGAAGCGCGAGGACUUCGACGGCUAUGGCUUCAAUCUGCACGCGGAGAAGGGCAAGCCGGGCCAGUACAUUGGCAAAGUGGACGAGAACUCGCCCGCGGAGAUGGCGGGUCUGCGCCAGGGCGACAGAAUCAUCGAGGUGAACGACGUGAAUAUCGGCACGGAGACGCACAAGCAGGUGGUUCAGCGCAUCAAAGCCAAUCCCAACGAGGUGAAGCUGCUCGUUGUGGACCCUGAGGUGAUUGAGGUGACCAAGGACAAUCAGAUUGUCACGGGCAAUGAGUCAAAUAAUAGCGACGCGAAGGAGGAGAGCGUCGAGAAGCAGGAAGUGGCCGUGGUGGAGGAGGAGGAGGUGAAGGCGCCGGAGGAGCACAAGAACCACGAGCCUGCGAGUCCGCCGGCUGCAGUGAAGACGCCGCCCGUGAUCAACAACAGUCCCGAGGCGAAGAAGUCCACAACCAACGGCACAACUCCCAAAGCUGACAACGCGUCCGUGAGCAGCGGCGGCUCGGCGUCAUCACGCGAGAGCGGCGGACUCAAUCUGCAAAUGACUGCGGCCGAACUGAGGGCGAAGUUGGCCGCCCGCAAGAAGUACGACCCCAAGAGUGAGACGGUAGAUAUUAAAAAGAAAUUCGACAUCAUCCAGAAGUUGUAGAUCGUUGGACUCGCAUUAAGAUCGCCGAAAUUACUCUUGAGUGGAUUUUCACGUGUUUUUCCUCUUCUUUCCCCAUCUGUGUACACAUAAAGAGAGAGAAGAAAAAGCACACCCCCGGAAAAAUGCACAAAAGAGACCCUUAAUUUCAGGCGCGCUGCAAGAAAAAAUUGCAGCAAGUGAAGAAGAAGAAGAGUGAUGGAAAUUAUGUAAAUAUAUGACAGAG